AUGGCCCCCGUCGCCCUCGACUCGCCCUCGUCGCCGUCCUCAUCAGCGUCGUCGCCCAAGGUCCUCCUCGCCGACCCGAUCCACCUCGCGACGCCGCUCCUCAAGCAGCUCUCGGCCUCGUGGGAUGUCGUUGUGCGCUCCCCUGUCCUCCCGCUCUCCCCUGCUGGAGCCGCGCUGACCGACUUCCCCACGCAGACUCUCGCCAGCUCGUCGCGAGCAGAGUUCCUCGCCGACUGCCGGGCGGGCAAGUACGACGGCGUCGAGGCGAUCUACCGACACUUCAAGGGCGCGUCGACCAAGGUCACGGGCCUGCUCGACCCGGAACUCGUCGAGGCGCUGCCAAGGUCGCUCCAGUUUAUCGCGCACAACGGCGCCGGCUACGACCAGAUCAACGUCCAGGCGUGCACCGACCGGCGCAUCCAGGUGUCGAACGUGCCCGUCGCGGUCGACGGCGCGACGGCCGACACGGCGCUGUUCCUCCUGCUCGGCGCCCUGCGCCAGUUCAACGUCGCGCAGGCCAACUUGCGCGCGGGCAAGUUUAACGCCGGGCUCGAGAUGAGCCACGACCCCGAGGGCAAGGUCCUCGGCAUCGUCGGCAUGGGCGGCAUCGGGCGAGCGUUUGCCAAGCGCGCCCGCGCGAUCGGCAUGACGGUCGUGUACCACAACCGGAACCAGCUCUCGCCCGCGCUCGAGGACGGCGCGACGUACCUGUCGUCGCUCGACGAGCUCUUGUCGACCUCGGACGUCGUGUCGCUCAACCUGCCGCUCAACGCCCACACCAAGCACACGAUGUCGACCCCGCAGUUCAAGCGCAUGAAGCCGACGGGCGUGUUGAUCAAUACGGCGAGGGGCGGCGUCGUCGACGAGGCGGCGCUCGUCGACGCGCUCGAGGCGGGCGAGAUUGCAGCGUGCGGGCUCGACGUGUACGAGGACGAGCCCAAGGUCCACGAGGGCUUGCUGCGGCUUGAGGGGACCAAGGCGUUCUUGCUGCCGCACGUCGGCACGUUGACGGUCGAGACGCAGCGCGAGAUGGAGAGCGUGUGCCUGCGGCAGAUCCAGGCGGGCCUCGCGACGGGCAAGCUCCCCUUUACGGUGCCCGAGCAGAAGGGCCAGUUUUGA